UAUAAGAAUUGCUGGUCUAAAUGCUUGUUGCCAUGGCAACUUUGGAAUACAAACUCGAAUAGCGAAAUUACUUGGGAAUUGUUUUAACUUCAUGACCUGAGCGAGCAUGGAUCCACUAUACCUUGCUCUCACAUGCUUCAGGAAACGUAAAUUUGACAGGUGCAUAGAAAUAUGUACCAAUUUAUUGGCUAGAAACCCCUAUGAUCAGGCCCCUUGGUCGUUGAAAAUGCGUGCGUUGACGGAGCAAGUUUGGGUUGACGAAGUCGAGGGCGAAGAAGAGGUCCUGGCCGACGCCCUCAUGGAUGACAACAGCAUCGCCACCGUCGCCCGUCCAGGGACUUCUCUGCGAACGGCUCCUCCGUCCACAGCAGGCCAGGGGCCGUCACAGGCUGUACGGCCCAGCACCCAGGGUGGUCGCCCGCUGACCGGAGUGUUGAGGCCAGGCACGCAGGGCGGCCGGCCAGGGACCAUCGACCAGGCGCUGAAGACCCCACGGACGGCGCAUACAGCAAGACCUGUGUCUGCUGCCACUGGUAUGAUGGUUCUCUCUAAGGUCCAGACCCGUGUCUGGACCCAGACCCGUGUAUGAUGGACUGGU